AUGCAACAGUUGAGAAGCAACCAUUUUCAAUUAGGGCAAACGGAUUAAAAGAAUCAAUUCACAUCUGUUAUGAAAAUGAAUUUUCAAGGAGAUUAAGCAAAUUUUCAAGCAAGUGGAGUUGGUGAUAAAUUAAAUUUGAAAGGAGUUCAUUUCCAUCUGGGAGAAUCUAAACCCUUAUACAAUACCAUUUUUAAAACUGAUUUUUAGGGAAAGUAAACUGGUCAACCUGCUGUCCUGAAUCAAGAAUAGAAAAAUGAUUUAAGAACUAACCAUUUUGUGCUUGGCAAUCAAGAAAUUCAUAAAGUCUCUAUGAGUAGGGCAAUGUAUAACGAAAAACCAUUAUAGCCUGGUUUAUAGAAUGAACAAGAAAUUCAAAAGAAUAAGAUGAUAUCACAUCAUCACAAUUUCGCAGAAACCUCUCAUAAAAUGAUGUAGACUAAUUACUAUGAACAAUAUUAACCUCAAUAAUUAGAACCAAAACAAGAUCUGGCUGAAAAAGCAAGAUUACUAAGAGUUUCAAAUAUUUUUCUUGGGAAAGAAAAACUUCCGAUGGUUACUGCCUAACAAGAAUACUACAAUAGAAAAGAAGGAGGACCCUCUGCUUCCUUUAAGGCAGGGUUUUAGACAACGCACAUUAAUCUAGGAACAGCUAAUCCUGAAUAUUAAACAAUUAAUUAAGAAUAUUUUUAGAGGUAAGAAAUAUAAUCAAAUCCUUUUGCUGAAGAAAAUAGAUAAAAUUUGAGAGCGACUCAUUUCAUUUUGGGUUAGGAUAGCUAGACAUAUUCAUCAGAAAGUAUGUCUCAUUAUAGACCUUAUUCAGAAAAUAAAGUCAAUUUAGUUAAUAAUACAUCAGCACUUCAAGGAAGUCAUUUUACAAUUGGAGAUCCAAGAUAUAUGAAUCAUAUGACAGAAACUUACUACUCAAGUACAAUGAAACCUCCUUAAAAAUCAUCGAAUUCUCUUCCCCGUGAUUAGUAGAUGGACAGGGGGUCCAAUUUCAAAGUUGGAACUGUGAAUAUACAAUAUACUUCAGAGACGUAAUGCAAUUUCAAAAAUCCAUCUGGAAAGGCUGCUCAAUUAUCUGAAAAGCUUUUGAAAGACUUGAAAUCAUCUCAUUUCGGAUUUAAUUGCAAAAGUGAUAGGAAUACGUUUGUGACUACCUAGAUGGAGACUCUCAAGAAAUAAUAAGGAUCUCCUAAUAAAUUAGAUCCUCUAGUUAGUGCUAAUCUAAAAUCGCAACAUUUUACACUAGGACAAAAUGGAGGAGAUUUAAUAUCAUAAACACAUGAUAUCCACAGACCUUUGGAUGGAAAUCCAAAUGUUUUGAAUAAAUUGUAAGCUAAUGAUUUAAGAAGAAAUCAUUUUGAAUUAUCAUGA